AUGGCUUCGUCAAUCAUGUCACUCGAGGCCAAAAAGAGACCUCACAUUCUCACCAUCGCAGGAAGCGACUCAUCCGGAGGUGCAGGUAUACAGGCGGAUCUGAAAACGAUAGAAGCUUUCGGAUGUUAUGGAUCAUCAGUGAUAACCGCUCUAACAGCUCAGAAUACAGACGGCGUACAGGGUGUACAUGAGAUACCGGCUGAUUUCGUUAUACAGCAGUUGAAAUCAGUGGUCUCAGACGAUUAUCCAAGAUGUAUCAAACUCGGUAUGCUCACCAACUCAUCCAUCAUCCUCGCCCUUUCCAAAGAACUCACACAGUUAGAUACGAUCGUAGUCUUGGAUCCAGUCAUGAUAUCCACAUCGGGUCAUACGCUCUUACCUGAAGAUGCUAUACAGGCGAUGAACGAGUUAUAUCCCCUUGUGGAUUAUUUCACGCCGAAUAUACCGGAAGCCAUCAAACUUACUGGUUACUCCUCUCGUACCAGUGAGAGCAGCAGUCAAUUGAAUCUGGAAGAAAUGAUUGAAUUGGCCAAAAUAACCAAUACUAAAACCGGUGCCUUCACCGUACUGCUCAAAGGUGGACAUACAUCCAUAUCAAGGAGAGAAAUAUUGGAGAUAAGGAAGAAGGAAAAAGGAGAUUAUGAGAUCUUCUGGGAAGAAGGCGAUGACGAUUUAGAUACGAUCGAGGUUCUAUCACUCUAUUCGAGCUACAAACAGAUACCUCAAAGCAAAGAGGAGGAGAAAGAACUGGUAGUGGAUGUAUUAGUGAAUAAAGGAGAAGUGGUAGCGUUGUUUGUGGGAAAGAAGAUCGAUAGUAACAACACGCACGGGACGGGAUGUACGUUAAGUACAGCUAUUGCUUGUGCUCAUGCUACUCAACCAAGGGACGUACCCAACGCGAAUCUUCGAAUAUUUAAAAAAGCUAUAUCAUACACCAAAACCGCUAUAGCAUCUUCAUAUCCCUUUGGCCAUGGCCACGGACCAUUGAACCAUGCUCAUCUAAGUGUGAAAAGAGCUUUACCACCUCCCACCAAAUAUAACCCCCAUCCAUUUGUAUCGCACCUGAUCCAGUCGAAUCUACCAUUGUGGAAAUCAUACGUAAAACACCCAUUUGUCGUACAAUUAGGUAAAGGCACAUUACCCAAAGAAUGUUUUGAGCAUUAUAUCAAACAGGACUAUCAUUAUUUGAGACACUAUGCCCGAGCACAUGCUUUGGGAGCGUACAAAGCAAACACGUUCGAAGAUAUCAAAGCGUUCACAGAUAUUGCUGGGCAUAUAGCGAGGGAAUCUGAGAUGCACGUCAGUUACUGCGAAUCCUUCGGUAUCACCCUUGACCAACUGCAAUCCACACCCGAAUCAGCUCCCUGCGCAGCCUAUGCCCGAUAUAUCAUUGAUAUUGGUACUCAAGGUGAUAUACUCGAUUUGUAUAUGUCUGUAGCAUCCUGCUUGAUAGGAUAUGGUGAAGUCGGAUUAUGGUUGAAGAAGCAGGUAGAACUUGGGGAAGCCAAGAUGGAAGGGAAUUUGUAUAAGAAAUGGAUGGAGGAUUACAGUGGGAAAGACUUUUUGCAAGCUGUUGAAAAAGGUAUAGAAAACCUCGAACGUAGGAUAGCGGAAGAUCCACCUACCGAAGCUAGAUUGGCGAGAUUGACGGCGAUAUGGCAUGAAUGCGUGAGGUUGGAGAGUGCCUUUUGGGAUAUGGGAUUGAAUCUGAUCAAGUAG